AUGACGUCACGGGUCUUGGAAGGUGUCCAACGGGGAGAUUUCUCAGAUUGGAAUACAGAAGACCUUCUUCCCUACAGACGUCGAAGGUCGGAACUUGCCGUCUGUAAAGGUUGCCUCACGUGGGGUUCCCGGGUCAUAAUACCUCAGAAAGCUCAGCCCUUGGCACUACAAAUGCUACAUGCAAACCACCCAGGAGUAGCAGCAAUGAAGAGCACCGCUCGAAGUCAUUUUUGGUGGCCAGGACUUGACCACGACAUCCAGUUAACAUUUGACAGAUGUCACACGUGCCAAACUUGGGCGCGUGCAAGUCCAGCCUUCGUGGAUGAAGACUUCAAACGCCCUGAUGCUCCUUGGCAUACGCUACAUAUCGACUUCGCGGGUCCAAUGGACGGUUGGUCAUACCUCAUCAUAGUCGAUGCAUUCUCGAAAUGGCUGGAGGUGAGACGGCUACGAACCACUACCUCUGGAAACAUCAUACAGGAGCUACGUAAUGUCUUUGCGACAUUUGGCAUACCACGUGUUCUCUUCUCGGACAAUGCUCCAAAUUUCGUUUCUGGAGAGAUGUCCGAAUUCUGUAAGCGUAACGGAAUCAAGCAACGUACAAGUGCCCCGUUCCAUCCAGCCACAAAUGGCCAGGCCGAAAGGAUGGUCGCUGAAACAAAAAAAGCACUUCGCAAGCUCACUGAGAACAACACUCAGUGUCGUCUGGCACGUUUUUGUUUCGGCAGCAUAGCACAGUGUCAAAGACAACCGGGAAGACCCCCGGAGAACUGCUGUUUGGUCGCCCCCUGA